AUGUUGCUGAGAUUUCAUUUCAAGUUUCUGCUUUUCAUUACAGUGUAUAAAAGUACACUCCCUGGGCAAGGAGUUUAUAUAGAAGAUUUAACGAAUAAAGUUGAUUUAUCUUCUUAUCAAGGCCAACUUAUGGCCUUUGGCGAUAUAAAUUCUGAUUCUACUACGGACCUUGUAAUUUCAACUGACACUGAAGUUCAAGUAUUGUUAGCAGAUCCAAAAGGGUUUUUUACUUUGCAAAAUAGCUAUUCAGUUAACAUCUCGGAGUACGACACUGAAGCUGUAAAAAUUGUCAAUGUUGCACCUGCUGAUUAUAAUCUCGACGGUUUAGUUGACCUUGCAGUCAUGUACAUCAGGAAGAACAACGCUUCACUAAUUUAUGUUUGGCUUUUUACUAACAAAGGCCACGCUUUUGAAUCUUCCGGUCAAUUGGGUGCUGAAUUUACGUCUCAAUUGUGCGUGUUGGAUGUUAACGGCGAUUCCAUUCCCGAUUUUUUUACUGAAAGUCCAGGAGCUCUUGGUCGUAAUUUUUACAUUACACAUCUCGUUAACGGAAGUAUCGCACACAAACUGGAAAAACAGGAAAGUAUAGAUAAAGUAAUGGUUCCCCAUUCGAAUUCCUUUAUAGAUUUAGACGGUGACUGCUUGGCAGGUUGUGUAGGAUUCCUGAUACACGUUUCUAUAGAAUUUUAUUUAAAAUUCUCGAGCCUACUUUCUACCAGAUUUGUUUGUCACCUCGGCGGAUCCGGUCACUGGUCUUCCCCAAAUAGAGACCCCGAGGUUUUGAGGCACAUGGGCAUUUUUUCCUUUGGGGACUUUGACGGCGAUGGGCAUAUGGACAUGAUCGCACCUUUUUGUCAACGAGCCUCUGGGGAAGAGAAGUGCGCGAAUAGCUCGAUAUAUAUUUUUUUCAAUGUUCCAAAAGACAAGAAACCGUCUGAGUUGUGCAAGCCGCGAGAAUUUUACUUUUCAAUGGAGGAGUCCCUCCAUAUACCACUGGAAGACUCCCGUGGGGCACUGCUGUCCUUUUUCUACGAAAGAGACAUGCCUAACCUACCCUUGCGCGUGGCCAUCGGCGAUUACGACGCUGACGGAUAUCCGGACUUGCUUAUCGUGGUGAGGGAUAGCAGUGGACGGCGACAGGUUGCCCUGUUAAGAAAUGAGAUACGCCAGGCACCAGAGCGGCAGGGGGGCAUGAGAAUGAUUGAGAGCGAGACGCUGGCAAGUAUUGAAAAUCCGCUCUAUGCCACCUUCUUCGACAUCUUCGAAAAGGGACGCCUUGAUAUACUUGUGGCGUGCGGUAAGUGGGAUAUGGACAGCAAGACAACGCGGGUUUUCACUAAAGCCUUUACGUUUCGCGAUAUCUCGGACUCGUUUUUUGUGAAAACGAUCGUAAUGAGCAGGCCGAAAUCUGCAAGCCCUGUCGUCGGGGCCUUCUUAGCAGCGCAGUUUGUGGACAUCCACGGAAAUCGCGUGACCAGAGUUGGCUCUUUCAUGCCGAGCGCCUGCUACUACUCUUUAGGGACGCCAUACGUCGUUGUCGGGCUCGGACGAACCACCAAUUACAUCGACUCUUUAAGUGUGACGGUUCCAUUUUCCUCCAAUAAUCUGAGGCUCAACCACCACGAGUUUCCUGCAGUCAUUCCCAACUCUCAACUUAUUAUUUUUCCCCAAUCAACAAAUGAUCCGCCAAGAUGGACCAUUAAGAUAUAUUUGCUCCCGCGGAGGGUUGUUCUCUGGGUGGCGGUAGCAGCGCUCUGUUCAUGCGCUGUAUUGGCCACGAUCGUCGCAACUUUCCAUCUCUUGGAGAAGAGCGAAGACGAAAAGGAAAAAAGAAAAAUGAGGCAUCUGUUUAACUAUCGCGCAUUAUAAGGCGAUAGAAAAAAUCA